UCGAAUGGUAACACCAUAAGAUUUCAUUCAGAAUCAAAAGUUGGAAGUACAUACUUAAUACAUGUAAAUAGUACCAUGUGAAAGUACUGCUGAAGAAGUUUCAUUUGAAUGGUAACACCAUAGGAUUUCAUCCACAGACUCAAAAGAUAGAACUACAUACUAACUAAAUAGUACCAUGUGAAAGUACUGCUGAAGAAGUUUCAUUUGAAUGGUAACACCAUAGGACAUCAUCCACAGACUCAAAAGUUGGAACUACAAACUGAAUAAGUAGUAUGAAGCCUUUUCAUCUUUACUUUCACAUUGUUCGAAUGGUAACACCAUAAGAUUUCAUUCAGAAUCAAAAGUUGGAAGUACAUACUUAAUACAUGUAAAUAGUACCAUGUGAAAGUACUGCUGAAGAAGUUUCAUUUGAAUGGUAACACCAUAGGAUUUCAUCCACAGACUCAAAAGAUAGAACUACAUACUAACUAAAUAGUACCAUGUGAAAGUACUGCUGAAGAAGUUUCAUUUGAAUGGUAACACCAUAGGACAUCAUCCACAGACUCAAAAGUUGGAACUACAAACUGAAUAAGUAGUAUGAAGCCUUUUCAUCUUUACUUUCACAUUGUUCGAAUGGUAACACCAUAAGAUUUCAUUCAGAAUCAAAAGUUGGAAGUACAUACUUAAUACAUGUAAAUAGUAUCAUGUGAAAGUACUGCUGAAGAAGUUUCAUUUGAAUGGUAACACCAUAGGAUUUCAUCCACAGACUCAAAAGUUAGAACUACGUACUAAAUAAAUAGUACCAUGUGAAAGUACUGCUCAAGAGGUUUCAUUUGAAUGGUAACACCAUAAUACUUCAUCCACAAAUCAAACUGAAAUAGAGCUGUGUUAAAUGAUUUGUGGCCGGCCUGCGAUUUAAUACUGAAUUUAACAGUCUCGGUGUGUGGUUUUGUUAUUAUUUUUGUUUUGUUUUGUUUUCAGAGCUAAAGAACCUGCAAGUACAUGGCUCGAACGAUGGUAAGGUUACCUGGUAAAAAGAAAAUCGUGCCCACUCUUAUAAACGCCCCUGUCUGAUAGACAGGGUAGUUGUCUCGCUUAGAUGGCCACAUAAAGUGGCGUCGAAACGCAGGCAUAUUACUAUAGAAAUCUAGGGCGUUGUCAUGUAAUUUCUGUUUUCAAAACCCUCUUUGUUCUACUCCUUUUCCGUUUCUUUUUUUUAGAAUGUCAAAAUUACAAAAACCUGACGAGUGCUGACCGAAACGUGAAUUAUGGUAAAAGCGGCGUCGAAUGUGAUGCAGAUAUUGUUCCUGGGUGGUUUCGGUAUCAAGGCGAGGCAGGAACACAGAUGGCAACUACAUGCCCAACACACUGGAGCUGUAACAGUAAUGCGCAUGGCUGGAUGAAGGGGGAGCUGCCCUCACUGGCAGAUGGACGGGUCACCAGGAUGGCCUGUUUCCAAUUUAAUAAUCAGUGUUGUUUCUACUUCAAAUAUAUUCAAGUUAGAAAUUGCGGUGAAUACUAUGUUUACUAUCUCAAUGGCACACCAGAUAACAAGUGCUACGUCCGCUACUGCGGUAGCGAUUGA